CGAAUUAUUAAUAUCUAGAGGGAGAUCUGGGGCAAUCCUGUGAGAGCAAACGUAGCCGGAAGCGCGUUGCGUCUGCCUCCCGAGGGACAUGGACUCACGCUCCCCUUAGGACUAAGGGAAGGCCCCCAGGCGUACCCGCCUGACCCUCCCUGGGAUAGACAGAAGCCCACGACGAGCACCCUGACGCUCGCCUUCCCUCGCCUGCUCGCCACCUUCCUCAAUGGGUCAGUUUCCCCGCAGAGGCGAACGAGUGCGGACGUCCCAACGUGACGCUCCCGGCCUCUCGCUCCUUCCCUCCCUCCUCGGUCCCGCUGUGGUGCGAGUCUUGGCAGGAAGGAAGUUAUAAUCCCAUCGGGUGUCGUAAAAGAUUGUCGUGUCUCAGGGAUGUGAAACUUGACCCCUGAAGUGUUUCUGUCUGGCAGUGAUUCAUUCCUCGGUACUGGAGAGGAGAUGACAAGUAGUGAUCGUGACAGAGUCCUGUAGUGGGUAAGACUGUAAUCAGAACUUCCUCCAGACUCAUUGUUGGAUGAGACUUCUGUGUUCAUGACUCCUGGUAGCGAGGGUCUUCUGUAGUGCACCUCGACAUAGUUAACAACCUCUAAGUGAAAAGGCGUGUGUUAGUUUGGUGUGUGCGCGUGUGUCGUGGUGGUGAGCUGACAGUACCGUCGUGCCUUGGAUGGAGAUGGUGAGAAUCAGAUAGCCGGAAAGUGACCACCGCAACAGCCGUUAUGAGGACCAAAGUUACGAUGCCGCUCAUCCCAGUGUUCCUGUGGGUGAUGUUGGGUGUAAGUUGGGCGUGCCCGCACAAGUGUCGCUGUUCCCUGGACGAACGAGGGCGGCGUGGCGUGCGAUGUGAGGAGGGCGGCAUGGGCGACCCACUGCCCGUGAUGAGCCUCCGCUCAGACACCGAGGUGCUGGUGAUCUCCGCACCGCCCAGCCGCCCCAACAGGUUCACGCUGGGCCCCAUUUUCAAGAGGCUUCGGCAGCUGGAAGAGGUGCACAUCACACACUCCAAGAUCCCUGCUCUAGGAGCCCACUCCUUCUGGGGCCUUCAGCGUCUCCACGUCCUUAACUUUACCCAUAACCACAUCUCCGCCCUCAUGGAUACCAACUUCAAGGGCGCAGACUCACUCCAUCACCUAGAUCUGAGUUAUAACCGCAUCCAGUCAGUGCCGUCGGCAGUGUUCCGCCACGUGCGACACCUGCGGUCCCUGACGCUCGCCCACAACUUGGUGCCGGAACUCGUCUCUAGGAUCUUUUUUGGCCUCACGCGCUUGGAACGUCUUGACCUCAGCCAUAACCCGCUCGGUGACCUUCAGCCUGAAAGGUUCACCGACGUCCCGGAGGUGCGGCAGCUGUACUGCGCAGGAUGUAAGCUCACCUCCAUCAGCACUACACUCCUGCAGACGCUGCCGCUGCUGCAUGAACUUGACCUGCGGGACAACCGCCUCACACAAGUGCCUCUUGGGGUUGCCUCCACUGUUCUACUUCAUCUUGUCACGCUGCGCCUAGAUGGGAACCAUAUCUCGUUUGUGGAGCGAGGUGCCAUCUCGGGAUCGCCGCUCACUACCCUCAGCCUUGCCCACAACCGCAUCAACCGCAUGGAACCAGACGCCUUCACCAACGCCUCAUUAAAGCACCUCGACUUGUCUUACAACCGGCUAUCCCAGCUGGAGCCAAGUGCCCUCCACGCCAUCUUGCACAAGGUUCACGAUAUCCAGUUGUCUGGAAACUCUCUCCAGGUGGAACAGCUGCUCACUGUGUUGCCCAAGGCCCGCCAGCUGCGUCGCCUGGGACUCGGAGACAUGGGCUUAACCAACUUGCCGCCAGAACUUCUACGACACUCACGUCACCUCCAUCACCUCAAUUUGUCCGCCAAUUACCUCACCUCCUUCUCCACGGAAAUCAUGCAGAACGCCAAACACCUUCGUUCCCUCGACCUCUCACUAAACAACUUUAGAGGCAUGGACAGCGCCUUCUUUGAUACCGUGACGAGAGCGACCGAGCUGCGCACCCUCCGUCUGGAAGGCAACCCGUGGCAGUGUGACCAGUGCCACGCAGGUCCUCUACUGCGCUGGCUUCAGGACGCACCCGACCAAGAAUCUGGAUGCGCCGAACCUCGGGUGUGGACUUGUCUUAAAUGCAUUGGUCCCCAAGGAGUGGCGGGAGCGCAGCUGGCCCUGUUGCCACUUGGUGAUCUGCCCGUCUGCCCUUUCACCACGCCCGCCGCGGUUGCCAUAAUGCCAACCUGGGUGGAGCCUUCCCUCAGCGUGAUGACAGAACAGCCAGCCUUCCCGCGAAGCGACUUGACAAGGCAGGCAGACGCUGAGAUGGACUGGGGACUCAAUACCAUAGAGAAAGAAGAGAUGUACUUAGUAGUUGUGGGCGGUGUGGUCCUGGUACUGCUGCUGCUAGUGCUGGUGGUGAUCGGCAUAGUGGUGUACAACAAACACUCCGCCUCCUACUACACCAACGAGACGGACCCAGAAAACAAAGAGAAACUCAUGAAGGGCAAAAACAGCAACAACAACACAAAGAAGCCGGCCAAGACCCAGCUGGACGCCACAAUUGCUACCAUUGACGAAGUGACCGACAUUGCUGGCUCUCAAGAAGUGCUAGAAGACGACCUCACUUCUGCCCCGAACCAUGCCACUCCUCCGCCCCCACCCAACAACCUCAACUCUCCCGGCAGCCAGAUACAGCCUCCAGACCUCAAUAAGACCCACAACCACAAUCCGACAGUGAACCACAGUAUAGAAAUGAACCACAUUGCAGGCUACAACCAAAGCAUGCCUCCCGUCCCGCCCCCGCAAGAGGAUUCUUCCACUACUCCGACGCUCUAAUAGAGUGAGGGAGGGUGGUGGGGGGGAAAUGUGUGUUGAGAAAAAGGACUCAGAAACUUCCCAGGGAGAUGGUGCGGAGGGAGAAGAGAGGCAGUGCAUUAGUGCAACCAAAAUAUCAAAUUCUUCCUGACGCGGCGAGGCUGUGAGCAUUGCCAGGACGGAGCCGUGACGCGUAGUGUUGCUCUCUGGUCGGUGGUCCAUGCGAGUCUGCAUCACGAGGGGGAGGGCGGCACUAUCAACGUUCACUUUCCCAUCCACUAGACACUCAUCCUUCUUUUUACAUAUACAUCAAGCUAAACUGACCACCAGUCUAAAAAUGUCAAAACAGCACACCGGCACAAAGUCCCCUUCUAAAUAUAAACCCUCAAAAAGCUUUCCGUACUAAAAACAAAAAAAUGUCACCGGAUGCAACGCGCCACCACAACAUGUAUAUCUGUAUUCCCCUCCUCCCCAUUCACCUUCACCCAUGGGGGCUUACGGUUGCCAACAAACACCCAGCAGGACCCCAUUCUGCCUCAAACGUAAAUGGCCUUUCCCUAACCCUGUCCCGGCCCCUUCAAUCUACGCAGGGGCUUUCCUUUGUACUAUCUCAAGAGAAUUCCUUGCCCAACACCACCAUCAGGCUAUUUUCCUUCAUGUUCGACCCCGGGUGGCCGCACGGCAAAAAGUCACUUCGCAAUCAAAGGUUUCCCAACACGUAACACUCUAGAUAAAAACAACUUCCCUGUCGCAUCAACAUUUAUUGAAGUUACGCCAUAAGUUUUCGAGUCUCCCUCCCCCUCAGCCCCACCCCAGGGACCACGCCCCACUCACUCGCUGUACCUCGGACAAGACCACUGACCAGAGGUUGUCUUCCACAAGUAUAAGCUUUAGGCUCUGGGUGUGAUUUAUAAAGACGUUCAUAAGUGACCUGAAUCGUCUUGUUUUCAGUUCCUUGAUACAGAAAAUGUAUAAACCAAGGGAUGUUGUGUAAAAUAAAAGGAAAAAUAAUGCCUUUCAUAGUAAAUAAUAUAUGAGUGUCUGUUGCCGUUCCUACAGUGUUGACUAUUGUGAAAAAAUGUUUUUUUGUACAGUGCAGCAGAGACGGAGUGACUAUUUUUUCACAUUGUCGUAGUAGAGGUAGUGGUGCGAGAAAGGGGGCUGGACGCGGCUAACUGGUGUGUGCCUCACUCCCGAGGAAAGGCAGCGGGAGCAGUGGAGGAGGAGUGAAGCAAGCACCGGCAGCAGCAAGACGCCACACGUGUUUUGUAAAGGGACACCCAACCCGUCUUUUGUAAGUGUGAACGUGAGGAAAAUGCCCACGUGUGUAGAGAUGUUGGUGAUGAUAGUAAUGAUGAUAGACCAGAUGAUGAAGGGAAUGAUCAACAGUGUAUUAUUAUUAUUACAUCAUUGUUGUGCUAGUCACCCAAAUUGUUUUUAUAUAUUAUAAAUAUAUAGAUACUAUAUAUGAAAUUAUAAAUGUGAGGCUACUAAGUGGACCCAAGGAGGCCAGAGGAAGGAGAACGGGAGGACCUGGCAGAAGAAGAGGAGGAAGAGGACGACAGAGAGGAGGAGGAGGAGGAGGAGGAGGAGGAGGAGGAGGAGGAGGAGGAGGAGGAGGAGGAGGAUAUGAGAGUCAGAAGAGAACGACAAAGAAAACAGAGGAGCUCUUCCGAGAACAGGAAGAAAACAAUGGGAAGGAUAAAGCAAGAGGAGGAGGAGGAGGAGGGCGAAAACACCCCUCGUGGAUAUGGGGAAGAAAUAGUCAAUAGCUGUAAAAUAAUAGAACUCGCCAGCAAUUCUCCAGAGUGGGUGGAGCUCCGGGGCCUCUCCUUGUGCACCUCCCGGCCACUAAUUAUUACGCGUUCCUCGGAGGUUUGUGUAUUGGGAAUCAAAAGGAAGAUAAUAACUUGUACUGAAUUAUAUACACACACACACACAAAUAUAUAUAUAUAUAUAUAUAUAUAUAUAUAUAUAUAUAUAUAUAUAUAUAUAUAUAUAUAUAUAUAUAUAUAUAUAUAUAUAUAUAUAUAUAUAUAUAUAUAUAUAUAUAUAUAUAUAUAUAUAUAUAUAUAUUCCUAAUGCACUCACAUAAACAUGACGAAAUCUAUAUAUACUAGAAAACUAAAGCCUGAUUUCAUUUGAGUUGUUAUACACAUGUACAUACAAACAAACAAACAUACAUACAUACACCAUCGUGACAUAAAAAAAAAAUAUAAUUAGCAGUGUCCCAAAAUACGAGUACAGUGAAGUAUUCCUUAUAAUGCAUUCCUCCUCCUCCUCCUCCUCCUCCUCCUCCUCCUUCCUCUUCUCCCUCCUCUUUCUUUCUCUUUUCUCCUCCUACUACUCCUCUUCUUCCUCCCAUUCCUCCUCUUCCUUUUCUUCUUCCUCCCCCUCCUCCUCUUCUUCUUCCUCUUGCACAACUACCUGCAAUCUUCAUGCCCUCCUACAUAACAAGCACAUUUUCGCAUCCUCCUCCUCCUCCUCCUCCUGCAGGUCUCCCUCGUGCCCCACCCCCCCUCCGGCACUCCUGGGAUCCACACACAGAUGAAUAAAAAACAGUAAUUGUCCGUGUAAUUAAUCCUAUUCUCUCUUCAUUCCCUUUUCGGUGUAUAUAAUGGACUGUGCAUAGCUGAUCUUAAUGCUUAUUUUAAAUGUACAAAUUUUAUACUACUCAUGAAUAACAAUAAAGAGUCACUCAUGGAUA